CUCUGCCUGACAUCACAUCACUUACUCACCCAUCCCCAUCCCCCAUCAUCACAGACCUUCUAUCUCCUCACCUACCUCCCCAGUCCCCUUCUCUCUUCUCUAUCUGCAUCCAUUCAUUCUCUCGGCUCGUUCGCUCUCGCUUGCUGCGUGACCUCAUCCCCAACCCUGUCGGUCCCCGUCAGCCCCGAGCUAUCACAGAAUGCCAGUUGAACGGCGCUCUCUGCGGUCGAACAGCAAGGGUGAUACCUCGUCCUCGACCAACGGCGAAAAAGCCCGAUCCAACUCCAAUUCUACCGCCAGCAAAGACAAAGCCGCCCCAACAACCCGGUCGGCGGCCGCGAACAAGGCCAAAUCCGCGCCCCAGCUGCCGAAGAAAGCCGCCACCAAGGGCGCAAGCAGUUCGAAUAGCAGCAACAGCAUGAGUGGCGAUCAACCCCAGCGAAAUGGGACAGACCCUGUGGAGAACGGUGUGAAUGGCGCGGAGGACGCGGAGAUGGAAGAGGAUACGCCAGGUGGGCCUACAUCGUCCAUCAAAACCAGCUGGGAGCAUGAUGGUGACGAGAUGACUGUUGUAGUGCCACCAUCAAAGGGUGCCAGAUUAUCUGGCACAGAUCACAAGAAAAACGAAGAGAAAAACGAAGAAGAUGAUGUUGCCAUGGAAGGCACCGAGGAGGACUCUGCCAAGGAGCCAGAGGUCGAUCCGAGGGUCAAGGCCGUGCAGGAUAUCAAAGCCAACUUUGGCUUGCUGGAACGUGCUGUGACACACUUUGAUCCUCGAUUUACACUUCGCGUGCUGCGAUCAAUAUCCUCGAUGCGGAAACACAUCUCGCCAGACUUGCUCGCUGAAGUCAUUGUCGACACUUAUCCCAGCUCGAGCCAGGCGGCAACCUUCUUGUUGGAAGCGAUCGGAAAGACAGGCGCAUUUGAUAGUGUUGUCUCGAAGAUGGACGUAGACUCGGAGAAGCCCAAGUCCGGGACUCGUGAGAUUUUGCCAGAAGUCGAUACGUACUUGUCCAUCCUGGUGCAAAUUUUGUUUUACGAUCAGAAGGAGACCCAGCGUGGCGCCGACUUCUCCAGCAAAUUGGUGGAGAGAUUGCGAGUUUUGAAUCGUCGUACCUUGGAUUCUCUGACGGCCCGUGUAUACUUUUACUUCUCGUUGUUCUACGAGCAACUGGCUCCUCUUCCCCCGUCCCCAGCUGCUGCAGUCAUCUCUAUCCGCAAGCCCUUGCUCGCUGCUCUACGUACCGCUGUCCUUCGCAAGGAUGUCGAUAUCCAGGCGACCGUCAUCACGCUUCUGUUGCGCAACUACCUGUCCACUUCACAUAUCUCCCAGGCUGACCUCCUAAUUGCUCACAACGAGUUCCCAGCUGCUGCAUCCAACAACCAGAUUGCCCGAUAUCUGUACUAUUUGGGACGUAUCCGUGCUAUUCAGCUACGCUAUAGCGAAGCCCACGAGCAUUUGACCGGAGCCACCCGCAAGUCUCCUACCAGCUACAGCGCUGGUGGCUUCUACCAAGUGUCGAUGAAACUUCUCGUGAUUGUCGAUCUGCUCAUGGGUGAUAUCCCUGACCGUUCUAUCUUCCGCCAGCCCCCUCUGGAGAAGGCUUUGCAUCCGUACUUCCUUCUGGUGCGUGCCGUCAGCACUGGAGAUCUCGAUGGAUUUUUGAACAUUGUCAACACUCACAGCGCCACGUUCCGAAAAGACGGUACUUAUACUCUGAUCUUGCGUCUACGGCAGAAUGUCAUCAAGACUGGUAUCCGUGUCAUGUCUAUUGCAUAUUCGCGGAUAUCGCUACGUGACAUCUGCCUUCGCCUGGGUCUGCACAGCGAGGAGUCUGCCGAAUACAUAGUUGCCAAGGCGAUCCGCGAUGGCGUUAUCGAUGCCACAUUGGAUCAUCAGAAUGGAUAUAUGAAGAGCAAGGAAGCGGGCGACAUCUACAUGACCAGCGAGCCUGGCGAGGCCUUCCACGCGCGUAUUCAGGCUUGCUUGAGUCUUCAUGACGAAAGCGUCAAGGCCAUGCGUUUCCCCAUGAACCAACACCGGCUGGAGUUGAAGAAUGCGCAAGAGGCGCGGGAACGGGAGCGCGAGCUGGCCAAGGAGAUCCAAGAGGGCGACAUGGACGAAGAUGACGCCGGCGGAGACUUUGACGGGAUUUAGUCGGACAUCAGGAUGAUUCAGCAGGAUAGAGGGUUAUCCCUACACUACAUGUAUACUCAGAAUUCAUUUCGUAUGUUACCGCUUGCCAUCUUAGACGUACUUCUACUUGUUCUACUGUCUAUUCUCUACUGUUAAUGCAAAUUAUUAAUUAUAGUAA